AAAUCAAAAAUGAUUCGUUCCAUCCUAAUUCUUUUGGUCGCUCUCAUCGCCUUCUCUACCGCUCAAUAUGGUUAUGGAGGAUACCCAGGAAUGAUGGGAGGUUAUGGAGGAUAUCCAGGAAUGAUGGGCGGCUACGGAAUGCGUCCAUAUGGAAUGGGUUACGGUAUGGGCAUGGGAGGCAUGGGAAUGUAUCGCCCUGGACUCCUUGGAAUGCUCAUGGGCAAGUAAUCAUUCAUUCUUUUCAUUCUUUUUUGCAAUGCUCACUUUUUCUACAUUCCAAUGUUGCCGUGAUGGUAGUGCUUUAUUAGAUCUCUUAUGGAAAUUAACUUGAAAAUAAAUUUGUUUUGUUGCU